CACAACUUCAUCAAAAAGUCGAGAUCUCUGCUAUUGCGCACCGGAAAAUCAAGAGCUUGGAAGCGAAUUUAAAGCAAGAACAUAACUGCUGUUUUGUCAACGCCAAGAUGGCGCCUUCGCAGAUGUACGACAAGGACGAGAAAGUGCUAUGCUUUCACCAUGAGAUGCUAUACGAAGCAAAAGUACUUGAUGUCCGUCAAGAAGACAAGAACGACAAGAAGAGUGGCUUUCAAUACUUGGUUCACUACAAAGGAUGGAAGAAUACCUGGGACGACUGGGUCGCCCAAGAUCGGUUACGAAAAUUUACUGAGGAAAACCUCGAGCUUGCAAAGAACUUGAAGAAAGAAAUCGAUCGAGUAAAUCAGAUGGCACGAGGUGGAGGUAAGAGCGCUCCUACGAAGUCGCGAAAGGGCGCAGGCUCGGCUCGGCCCAGUGAGGAGCGCGGGACACCUCAACAGAUGGCCGGCAAGAAGCGUGUUCGGGACGCAGACACAGAAAGGAUUGACGAGUGGCGAGACAAGCCGCAAAUUCGACUACCGUUCCCAGACAUCCUCAAGAGCAUUCUUGUUGAUGACUGGGAGAACGUCACGUGGUUGAAUCAGAUGGUUCCACUUCCUUCAAAGUACCCAGUCAGUGAGCUUCUGGACAGCUAUCGCGAGUUUCAAGAACCAAACGUCGUACCCGGCACCACCAAUGCUGUCGUUCUCGACGAGCUCACGCAAGGCAUUCGCGAAUACUUUAACCUUGCUCUGGGCAGGAUCCUGUUGUACAAGCAAGAACGCCGCCAGUAUCUCGAGUGGCGCAAACGCAUCAUGGACAAGAAUGAUCCCAUCCACAGAGAUGGCGAGAAGUCAUUCUACCAGAUCUAUGGUGCUGAGCACUUUCUUCGCUUACUUACUAUGAUGCCAGAGCUGGCUGCCCAGACCAAUCUUGACACGCAGUCGAUCAAUCGACUUCGUGAAGAACUCAUUAACAUGCUCAUGUGGUUGGCGCAGAAGCCAACCAUCAGCAAGUAUUUCUCUACGCCUUACGUUCAAAAUUCGUAUCUCGAGGAGCAUGAGCGCAAUGGACCUAACAAGCACGAGCCAGCGACAGCAUCGAAUGAUUCGUAGUUCGGGCUGGCGUGUGCUUGACGAGUCAUUGCAUAGCAUAUGGUGUUAGGAGUUCGUAUAAUCUACAUUUUUACUAUGGCAGGAUGCUGCGAAGAGCACGGCCUGCCCCUGCAAUCCUGCGGUCUCUAAUUGCAUGAAUCUGGGUUCUGGGCUAUCGGGUUAUGGUAAUCGUGUACUGUGCAACUCCAGCAAGGAGUUUGUGAGGACAUACAUCCAACACUCCGUUAUAUUUGCUGUAUAAGGCAGACGUUUCACACUGUAGCGCACGCAAAAUAAAACAACGCCUAGUUUAGCUUUCGCGAUUGGUGCCUUCGCACCGAACUGUGCGAUUCUCA